AUGGCUCUGCCAACCACAGCAGCCCUCCCACCCACAUUUACCAGCGUGUACCGUCUUUUUCUGCGUGCGACCUCUGCUUCCGUACUUCACCAUAACGUCGCGAGAAAACAGCUAAGAACACUAUGGCGUCCUCAUUUUCGGGAAGCCGCGAAGAUAUUGCAUACGUUGCGGGAUCCGGGGCUGAAUGUGCAGGAGAGAACACGGCGAGAGGAGUGGAUGGCGAAGUGGGAGACCGGGGUCGACCAAACAUUAUCUUUCCUCGCUACCUCCUCAACAUCCCGCGGACUCCCUCAUAACGUCACACGCGCCCUCUCAUUUCUCAAUUAUGGCUACCACACUUGGAACACCGACAAGUUGUAUGGUAACUCACACACAUGGAACCCUUCUCCUGAGAAAUACAAGAACGUCCACGAACAGCUGCAGCAGAUCCAACGGACGGAGAUCAUAGCUAGGCGUAAAGCCGAACGACGCGCUCAGGAGGGAAAUAGGAAUAAGGACGUGCAGGCUGUUAAGAAGUGGGAGGGAGAAGGAUGGGGAGCUUUGGAGGAGGUUGCGAGGAUGGCGGAGGGAACGACGGGCGUAUUUAUGGGGAGGGUGGAGGUGAGGAAGAGGAGGGCUAGUGAUAUACAUAGGCCAGGGAGAACUUGGACUAAAUGAUUCCGAACUCCUCAGUAUGGUCAGACCUACUCGACGACCUGAUGUUCAGCGCGUCCACAGGACCAUCAGAAUAUCCAGCGGCACGAGCUCUUGCUCAAACGCACAUCGCAGUGGUUCAUGCUUCACUCCGCGUUUGAAAUGCCAAGGUGCAAGCCGCGGUUGAUGUUAAGAUAUCCACACAGGUCCAAGAGCUGGUCCUGGGCCAUGUUCGCCCAAGUAUCAUACAAGCUGCAUCUUGACCAAUUAUGGAUAAUUAAUCGAUGGUUCAA